AUGCAAAAUCAAAGGAUUAUUGAUUCCAGAUUUAUCUUCGUCACUUGUGGUGAUUGGGAUCUUCAAUUGCAGCUACCACGAGAAGCUGCUCAUAAAAACAUCAUCACUCCAAGCUACUUCGCUGAGUGGAUAAACGAUCGUGUUUUUGGCGACAUUUCGCAGACGCUUGAUGAAUCUGACCCGAUCCUGGUGAAAGCGGACGGGUACCCGACCUAUCACUUUGCGAAUAUCAUUGAUGAUCGGUUGAUGAAAAUCUCGCACGUGAUUCGCGGCAUGGAAUGGUUAUCUAGUACUGGCAAACACGUGCUUUUGUACAAAACAUUCGGAUGGGAGCCACCCGCCUUUGUGCAUUUGCCUCUGUUGACAAGAGAUGGAAAACAAAAGCUCUCGAAGAGACAUGCCGACGCCUUCGUCGAUUACUAUCAUAAAGAGAAGGGCUUUCUGCCCGUGGCUGUGCUGAAUCUACUGAUUCGCAAUGGCAGCGGAAUCAAAAAUUUCGACUCCAACCAUCUAUAUACCUUGGAAGAAAUGGUGACAUCAUUUGAUGCUUCGCUGAUUGGGAAACGUAAUUUACAGGUAGAUCCCAGCAGCCUUGAGCACUACGGCCGUCUCGCGUUCCAGAAUUCUCCAAUUAAUCAGUUGAUCCCAUUGAUCCGUGAUCGCGUCGCAAAUGACUUGCCUGGCUAUCCCGAUUUGCUGAAUGUGAAGAAGGUGUUCCUCGAACCGGACUUGGACCCCGCCGAGCCCAACAGCCAAGCUCUCCUUUUGAACAAGAAGACGAAAAAGGCUUGCGUGCCGAGGGGCCCUAUGCUGAGCGAUGGACUGACCCUGCAUAAGACUAUUGAUGCCGCUACGGUAGAUUGCAUCUUU